AGAGAAGCAUCCUGGAUAUGAGAAUUGUGAUUGUUUUGUUUUAUUAAGUUUCACUUGCCCUUCUCACCUUUGCCUGGAGGGCCGUGUGUGUGUAUGUGUGUGUGUGUGAUGGAUCACACUCUGUUCAGUUGUCUGCGGAGCCCCCACGCUCCGGCGCAGACCCUGCACCCCGCCUUCACCCAGUCGGCCCUGACCCUGCACGGACGCUCGGACCACGUCUCCUACCCCGACCUGGCCUCGUCCUCGUCCUCGUCCUCCACCUCCUCGCCGGCGCCCUGCAUCAUCUCCAGCUACCCCGCCGAUGACGGCCUCUUCCCCGGGCAGCACCAUCUCCCUCACCACCUCCACCACCACCACCACCACCACCACCCUCACCCUCACCCUCACCGCGGCCACCUGCCCUCCGAGCAGCAUCACCCCCCGCCUCAGCACCACGCGUCCUGGCACGUCCCUCAGAUGCCGUCGCCCGGUGGUGGCAUUGUGCGCCAGAGUCUGUGCCACCCGCCACACUCAGCCCACGCCGGUGCGCCCGCACCCCCGGACCUGGGCCACACGGGUGGGCCCAGUAUGUGCGCCAGCACCCCCACUCUGGGCAGUGGCAGCACCCCCACAGGUGCGUCCUGUGCACCUGCAGACUUUGGCAGACAGACUCUGUCACCUGCCGAGGCCGAGAAGAGGAACGGCAAGAGGAAAAGUGACAGUUCAGAGUCCCAGGACGGGAAUUACAAGACAGACGUGAGCAGCAAACCCAGGAAAGAGCGGACGGCGUUCACCAAGGAGCAGAUCCGCGAGCUGGAAGCCGAGUUCGCUCACCACAACUACCUGACCAGACUAAGGCGCUACGAGAUCGCCGUCAAUCUGGACCUCACCGAGAGACAAGUGAAGGUUUGGUUCCAGAACAGGAGGAUGAAGUGGAAGCGAGUGAAGGGCGGCCAGCAGGGGGCAGCAGCCCGGGAGAAAGAACUGGUGAAUGUGAAAAAAGGCACUUUGCUGCCGUCAGAGUUCUCUGGCAUCGCGGCACUCCACCACUCCACAGACUCGUUAGCCAACGAGGACAGUCACGACAGCGACCAGAGCUCUGAGCACGCCCACUUAUGAUGCACACGCGCACACGCACACACACACACACACACACACACUCCGAGUACUGGUGCUGCCUCUGCAGAAGGACUGCUGUUUGCUGAUGUGUCAUCGUCAUACAACGAUGCAAAAUAAUUGUACAGAGACGAAUGACGCAUGUUUUUUUUGAAGAAUAAUGCAGUCAUCAUAAAGGCAACAUGUAUGUUUGAAGAAAUUAGCACAUGGGCUAAUUGGGCAAGAUGGGCAACUGGUUACAAAAAAACUGCCAAAAAUCGGAAUGUUAUAAAUAGUGCUGUCACAAUUUUAACAUUUAUUUCAAAUAUGUUAGAUUGCAACCUUUUGCAAACUAACCCAUUCUAAAAUUGUUAUUAUUAUACUAGGAACCUUCCUAGAAACAGGAGCAAUGGAGGUUGGCUGAGGUUACUCACUACAGCACUUAUCCUGUUGGGAUUUGAACCAGUGACCCUCAGGUUACAAGCACAUUUCCCUUUCCACUUGUCCACAGGCUGCCAAUUGUGUUGAAUAUAUGACUUCAGGGUAAAACACACACACUCCAGACUCGUACGUCUGUGAUACAGGAGUGUUUUAGCUGUUGAUCAAACACAAACACACGUAAGAGAAGCUAAGCUAACUCAUAUCUUGGCUAACUGGACUGAGGAAAUCAAUCAAAUAGCAUCAGGAGAAACAUGUUAAACUCUACCUUUGAACUAUUUUGUCUCAAAUAAACACAUCAUAUGGAGAAGCUAAUACCUUGGCUACGUGAGUAGCUUAAAAAAACUGACGCCAAAUUAGCAUUGUAGAGGACGAAUGGACUGAGAGAAAUCAUUUUAACAGCAUCAGGAGAAACGUGUUACACUUUUCCGUCAAGAGGAACCACUGUGUUAUAGACACAUGCAUUAUAUGAAGAAGCUAAUAUUUGGCUAGCUGCUAACAGCUAAAGAUGUUGAUAAAUUUGCAUUCUAGCUAAUAGAUUGAGAGAAAUCAUUCAAAUGGCAUCAGGAGACACAUUUUACACUUUAUACUAAUAUAGAGGAACUAUUUUGCCUCAGACAAACACAUUUUAUGGAGCAGCUAAUUCUUAAGCUAAGUGGAAAGCUAAAAAAUAGCCACCAAAUUAGCAUCGUAGAGGAGAAAUGGACUGAGAGAAACUGUUUAAAAUCUUACCCUCAAGAGGAACUAGAUUGUGUCAUAAACAUGCACACUAUAUGAAGAGGCUAACACUUUGGCUAACUAGCUAAAAGAUGUUGCCAAAUUAGCAUUGUAGAUUCACUCAUGACAAGUAUUACAAGCUUUGGAAUUGAGAUUAGUUGCAGGAAAUUCUGCGAUUUAUUCGCUCAUUUUUGGUGAAAAGACACGGCUAAUCCACAGAGCCACAGUGAAUCCAUUAUUAUUAUUUUUCUAAUCCACUGACAGCUCUAAUUAUAAUAUAAAUAACUUAUAUGUGAUGUGUUUGGUUAUAGAAAUUGACAUUACAGUAAAAAUGUGGAAACCCUGAACAUUCCAUGUUGUUUACCACGAGAGACCCAGGCUACGGCUUUAGAUUUGCACUGUAAAAAAAACAACAACAAAAUAAAAGAGUAUGCGCCUCCAUCAGUUUUUACUGUAUAAAACUGUAAAUUGGGAUGUAAUCGAGUUAUUGAUCAAAUCAAGAUGUGCCAUGAAAACCAAGUUCGCUUCGAUCGCUAAUAUAAGUAAAGAAAAACCUGUAAAUACGUCUCAGUGUUGUCUUACAUGAACAAUAAUGUUAUAGCCACACUGUUCCCCUCACGCAGUAACAAACACUGACACUUUUCUGCCAAAAACCUGAAACUAUGAGCAUUUUAUUCAAGUCUUUUCAGCGACAGUUGCAAAAGUGAAUAAAGUUUAACCAGUGGUGAA